AUGUCUUAAGUAGACCCAUUUAACUAUCCAAUGCCUAACCGCAAGGAUUUAAUGUCCCUGCAAACUAUCCACCCACAGAAGGAUAUAGCGAAAACAACAACUAAAAAGUUUCAAAGCUCAAGAAUGGAAUCAAACAAUCUAAACACUUCUGAUAUUCAUGGAGCAUCACCUAAAUUACACGGUUCUAAGCAGGUUAACAAGCAAGAGUUUACUAACACUAAUUGGGAUAUUGCCAGAUCCAGCCCUGCAGCUCUUCAUAUUGGCUUAAACAAGCCUUAAUAUAACUUAGAAGCAGUUGAUUAGCCAAACUGUGUCAAAUUUUCAACCACAAGAAUUGGAGGAGAUCCUCUUAAUCCAAAGUAUAAAGUUCCAGAGGUGGAGUAAAGGCCCUUUACACCACCAAGAUAUGUUAGAGAUCAUAUGGAAAUUGACGAUAUUGAAGGAGCUAGACCAAAGAAAGUGAAAUAAAAUGAUAUUAAAACAAGAGAGAUCAUGAAACUAGAUGAUAUCGAAGGAACCAAGGCAACAAUAAGACAUCAAGCAAGGUAACGCUCAAAUGGUUUCGAUGCCUAUGAUUAUUCAGAUAUUACCAAGGCUUAAUUCGUAACAAUGAGAUCAACAAAUCCAUUGAAUCCAACUUAUCAAACUAGAGAUGACAAUGGAAACUUAAUUGAAAUCGGAGAUGUAGCAGGCAGCAGGCCAUAAGGUAUGCCAGCUCCAAGAUAAGAUCCAAGAAUAAUUGCUUCACUAAGAACUGAGGAUAUCACUGGUGCUAAGGCAAGCACUAAAGGCUUAGGUGUAUUUUCUGAGAAUCACGAUAGAAAGGAUUAUAGAUAAACAAAUAAGACUGAUGACAUUGAGGGAGCAAAGAGUGGUUCAUUGAGAAAAGGACCAGCAACAAAUAGAAUUAGUAACCCCCUCGAUCCUGAUUAUCAGAUUCCAGGUUCAAAAGAACUAGGAGAGUAAAAUCCAUAUUCUUAAACGAAGAAUACCUUGACUUAAUCAUAGAAGAACUUUGGCAGAUCAACUCAGUAACAAACUGCACAGUAGACAUUUAACAAACCUGGACCACUAUCAAAUAUUCCAGAGUACAAAUAGGAGAAAUUUAAGGAAGACUACAUCAAGUUCUAUGGUGUGGAUGAAAGACAAGCUUAAAAAUUAGACUUUAACAAGCUAUACUAGGCAAGCAAAGAAGGACGAGGCAUAACUCAACCAGUAUUAUUGCCUUCAGAAGUAAAGGGUCAUCCUGACUUCAAUAAAAAUCAUAGAAAAUUCUAUGGCAUUGACAACGCUGAUACAAAGAGUGAGUUCAAUAGAAAUGCAGCGAAAUUCUACGGAGAUGAUCCCAACAGAACUUAACCUAAGUUAGUCAAUACUAAUAAUACAAUCGGAGAUAAGUUCUUGAAUGUUCAGACAAACAUAGAAGUGAAUCCUAGUUCUGAACAUUAUUAAAAAAAUGCUGCUGUUUUCUAUGGUGAUUAAUAUGAAGUGAAAUCUCAAGGAAGCAUAUACUAGAAGAAUAAAGCGAACUUCUUUGGAACUGAUUAUAAUAAAAAUGAUUCAAAGCUUCUACCUGCUAAAUAGACAAACUAAAAUCAAGGACCUUAGGUGAAUGUAACAAGCGGUCACUUCAAGAAAGAUGCAGGCAAAUUCUAUGGUAUGGAUCACGUUUCAGAAACUGAAUCACAAGGCAGUGUGUUCUAAAAGAAUGCUGCUAACUUCUAUGGGAUGGAGGCCCCUCCUCAAGGUGAAAGACCAUUCAAGAUAUAAAAAGUGAUUCCUAAUCAUCAGCCUGGAGAAAACUAAAAAUAAGUAGUCUCAGUCCUCAACGAAUAAAAACUUAGAGAACAUGAACAAUAAAUCAUGAAGGAUCCUAACUAUGCUAAGAACUAGAAGAGAUUCUUUGGCCUACCUUCUCAUCAUACGGUUCAGAGAUCGGCAUCAUCUGUGUAGAAAUUCGAUUAGUUCAUCAAACGAUGA